AUGGGCAGCUGCCCUGUUGACGACGACCGACAUAGAGGACUUCAGACAAACCUCCUCACUAUACAGAAGACCUCUGGUCAACUACUGCCGAACAUUGAAUUAAACCAUGGUGAAGUCCGUCGUGUCAGCUACAAUCCAGUCGGAGGAAGCACAAUGUUCGAUAUCUGGGAAGGCGAGUAUCUCGGACAAGAGAGGUGUGCUAUAAAGGUUGUCCGAGGUAUCCAGAAUGACGCACCUAAGGUACGAGAGCGUUUCUUGCAAGAAGUGACUAUCUGGAGAAAGGUAUGGGAGAUAGACAAGGGAGAGUAUAUACUGCCGUUCUGGGGUGCUUGCCUUACCGAUGGACCUUAUCCGUACAUAGUUAGCCCUUGGAUGCCGUACGGCGAUGCGAUCACGUACGUCAACAAAUAUCCAUACGUCAACCGAAAACGCAUCAUCCGGAGAAUUGCGGAAGGCUUGAAGAUAUUGCAUACAUAUGCACCUCCUAUUACACACGGUGAUAUCAAAGGCUCGAACUUCCUUAUUGAUGAGAAAGGCAACCCCCUCCUCUCUGAUUUCGGUUUACGAAAGAUGAUUGAAGACCUGACGGGCAUGCCAUUCACCCAGAGUCAGGGCAUGUCAGAAUCAUAUAGAUGGUUUGCACCUGAACUCUGCUACGCGCCAGGUGUCCUGAGUUUGGAAUCAGACAUUUAUGCAUAUUCGAUGACCGUCCUUGAGGCUCGUUCCCUUUUCCUUUUAAUGACAGGCAAGGAGCCUUUCUUGCAUAUCAGACGCACACCAGAGGUGCUCAUCAAGAUGCAACAAGGUGAACGCCCGCGUAAGCCUGAGGGCCCAGAGAUCAUCCAACGAGGCCUGGACGAUAAGCUUUGGGACUUGUUGACGCGGUGCUGGGUUGAGGACCCGGCUGCACGUCCUUCGAUACAUGAGGUUAUUGCAGAGUUACAGGAUGACUAG